GCAGAAACAAAACGCGUCGCCCGAGAGACAAGUUCAACUACAGCGCGCAUCGCGAUAAUGAAUUACAUCUAAUACCGGGAAUAAUAAUAAAUAAUGUGUUUAGUGAAGUAAUUAGACAAACAUUUCUUUGAAACAGCUGAUGAGCUGACGCAACUACAACUUCUUAUCGGAGUUUAAUUACCAUACGUUCCUUGUAGUCUAAACUAAAACAUCUAGGACAUCGAUUUUGAUAGAUUAUAGAAAGUGCAGAAAAAACAAUUUGGCAGUGCGACUAGGAAAUGAUUAGUAUUUACUAAUACUAUUACGAAACCAAAAAAAAUUAAUUUAAAAUUUAAAUUUAAAUGUGGAUAAAAUGGUUUCUUCUGGGGUUGUCUGGUGUUGUAAGGGAGAUCAAUGGAUCCCAUUGCAAUUGAGCUCGAUUCGUCUGCAUGGUAUUAUCACGCAGGCUCAUUGGGCGGCCGUUUCGGAUUUUCUGCAGAGCGUCACCAACAAACAGCUAAUAUUAAAAGAAAACGGAUUCAUCGAACUCACCGAGCAGGAGCGCCUCAACCUGCUGCAUCAAAACGAGACGAACGAAACGAACAAAGAAUUUAAAUUGGAUUUGAACGAGUUGCGGCGUGAAAAAGUUGUUAGUUUCAAGUUAAAUAAUGUGCAAGAAAGUGUAGCUCAGCAAGAACAAGACAACGCUGAUAAAAUUAAAUUGGACAGUGCGUGCGUGGACCAAUCUAAAUUAAUAUCUUCGGCCACAUCCGGGCGCAAAUACUCUUCGCAGAGUGACGAGUUGGUUGUGCAAUUGUUGAAGAAAUACUGUAAAUAUUCACGUGACGCAUUGGAUGAUGAGAUAUUAAAUGCCAUCGAUGCCACCGCCGAGGAAAAUACUAGUGAGACGACAAGGACGCGAACAAGGAAGCUUAGUUUUUAUCCGAUUGAUGAGAAACUCUACGAGAAUUGCAAUGAUUUCGAAAACGAUCGCAAUGAGCAUGUGCUUAGAUGGCUGAAGCAACAGAAUCGCAGGUUUACCAUCGACCAUCCAAGAAGCGCCGCGAGUUUGGUCAAUAAGGAGGCGAAGUUACGUCGAUGUAGUUUACCGGAACGUUUGCCCACCAAGACGAAUCAGCUGCCAUCGCCGACCGACAGUCGAAAAUCCAGCCUGACGAGCAAAUCCAGCGGCAUCUUCUCUUCGAGUAGGAAGUCGAGCGUCGACUCGACCAACGGCACGCACACGUGCAGCAGUCGGAAAAGUAGUGUCGCGUCCAAUUCGGAAAGUUGUUGUUCCGAAAGCGACGACUGUAAUGUGGCGUCGUCGUUGACCUGGACGAGCGCGGUCGGUAGAAAUCCUCGCCGGUUACAGCGAUUGCAGAAGCAGCGGGAAGCUUGGGCGAGGAACACCAGGAGGAAACUUAGUACUACAGUCGUGCAUGUUUGUGAUAAUUUAGAUGCCGAGUGGUAUUUCCGUAAAAUUAAACGGAUAGAAGCCGAAAAGAAAUUGCUGCUCCCUGAGAACGAACACGGCGCCUUCCUAAUCAGGGACUCUGAAAGUCGACACAACGAUUAUUCUCUCUCUGUUCGUGACGGCGACACAGUAAAACAUUAUAGAAUAAGACAAUUGGACGAAGGUGGAUUCUUCAUCGCGCGACGAACUACUUUCCGUACACUACAGGAGCUUGUUGAUCAUUACAGUCGUGAUGCGGAUGGAUUAUGCGUCAAUCUUUGCAAACCUUGUGUUCAGGUUGAAAAGCCACAACCGGAAGGCCUUUCACAUCGAACGCGUGAUCAGUGGGAAAUUGAUAGAUCCUCAUUGAAGUUUAUCAGAAAACUUGGCCACGGUCAAUUCGGUGAGGUUUGGGAAGGACAGUGGAAUAACACCACGCCUGUGGCGAUUAAAACGUUGAAAACGGGCACAAUGGACCCGAAGGACUUCUUAGCCGAAGCGCAAAUCAUGAAGAAACUGCGACACCAAAAACUAAUUCAAUUGUAUGCCGUGUGUACAGUUGAGGAGCCUAUUUACAUCAUCACUGAACUGAUGAAAAACGGUUCUCUGUUGGAAUUCCUUCAGGGUAAAGGAAAAGCAUUGAAGCUGCCACAGUUAAUUGACAUGGCCGCGCAAAUAGCAACCGGUAUGGCGUAUCUGGAGUCACAGAAUUAUAUUCAUCGUGAUUUAGCAGCGAGAAAUGUGCUUGUGAAUGAUUCCAAUGUUGUAAAAAUUGCCGAUUUCGGUUUAGCGCGACUUAUUAAGGAGGAUGAAUACGAAGCUCGUGUAGGAGCUCGUUUCCCUAUCAAAUGGACCGCACCGGAAGCCGCCAAUUACAGUCGAUUCACAAUCAAGUCUGAUGUGUGGUCGUUCGGUAUUUUACUCACUGAACUUGUAACAUAUGGGCGUAUACCAUAUCCAGGAAUGACAAAUGCCGAGGUAUUGCACCAAGUAGAGCAUGGUUAUCGCAUGCCACCGCCGCCAAACUGCCCCAAUCCACUCUACGACAUAAUGUUGGAGUGCUGGAAUCGGGACCCGAUGAAGCGACCAACCUUCGAAACGCUGCAAUGGAAACUGGAGGACUUCUUCACGAUGGAUGGCUCCGAGUACAAAGAAGCUUCGGCAUACUGAGGGCAUGCCCACCUGCCUGCUGAUUGGCUAAGAAAUGCAGUCGAUGUGCAUUAUCAUUAGGCUCUCAACAGGACAGGUGGCGGUUACCGUCCCCCGUACUGAACGUAAUCCUAAUUUUUGUCAUUUCGCAUACGCACGAACUAGCAAUCUAUUCGAUAUUGUUUACGAGUGUACUAAAGGCCAAAAAUAGUUUACUAUUUUAUUAAGAAAUUAAUAAGUGCAUACAUGUAGACCAAUCAUUCAGCAAGCAUGUUAGUAACGAUAAUUUUGAGACUGACGAUUAGUCCUCAUUCUUAUAUUGAUAACGAUAUUUGUUUACAAAGCAUUUCGAAAGGGAAACUAUGAAGACUAAUACGAUUAUAAGUCGGCCGUACCAUUUUUUCGAGUUUACUACUGAGUGUUGCGUUUGUUGUUCGAGUACGGGGAAGUUUUGCAAUUAUUUACGUUUGCAAUUUUCCCCAAAACCCCCAAGAAAUACAAUUUGUAGUAAGCGCUCUGGGAUCGCACAAGUUUUUGAAAUUGUACACGUCUUUUUUACGACGAAUUACCAUACGUAUUAUUGUAGCUAUCGUAUGUUACUAAUUGGUAAAUAAUCAAGCUGCUGCCAUAAUUAUAAAUGUAACCAAACUAUUUGUUUUGUACUGCAGACAAAUAAUAUAAUCUAUCAACAAUCGUUAGAGAACAGUGACCAGUAGAAAAUUCAAUCAAUGUGAAGGUCAUUCAGGAAGUGGACUAAAUUUAAUUCUGUCCUAUCAGGACGUACUGUGCAUAUAGGUCGAUAAAACUGCUUAUAAUCGUGAACCAAAACAAUUGAUAUACGUAUUAUCGUAGUAUGAACAAAAAAAUCAACACAUUCUAUGUAGUAUCAAUGUCUUCUUGUCAUAGAAACCGUUAACGAAGGAAGAUGGAAACAUUCCUCAUGAAUCUUCUAGUAUAUACGAGCACGUCACAUUAAACUUUAUUGCGAGUACUCAGAACAAAACUCAAUUUUAUAAACGAAUGAUAGAAAAUGAAACUGUUACUGAUGGAAUAGAUCUAUCAGUGAUUUUGUUAACGAGAGUAAUGUACAACAUAAAUUAUCGCUUUUUAAGUAUGUUUAAUAUCUUAAAGCAAUUGUGAAUUAUUUGAUGUAAAAAGAAACUCAAGUUCUUCAUUAUAACUAUACCAAUUGUAUGGAAGUGAAUACAGAACUAAUUUAUAUACAUGUAAGUCACACCUUUUAUACAUAUUCACAUUAUACUGUUAUAUACUUAUAAAUAUGUUAUUUGCAAAUAGUACAUAAUUUGAUAUCAA